ACUCUAACACAUGUGUGAGCUUUACUUCCUGGUUAGUCAACAUGGCGGGAGAAGGGUGGUUGGUUUUCAUGGCGGCUGUGUCAGGUUGUUGGAUACACCACACUCUGGGUAUCAGCUGCCCGAUAGGAAGGUUCGGAGACACCUGUAGCUACUCCUGUCACUGUACUCCGACCUGUAACCAGACAACCGGAGUCUGCAGCGGUGCAUGUGAUCCUGGAUGGUUUGGUGGGAAUGGGCAAACCUGUCAGAAAGGGAACGUCGCCUUCAACAAGACAGCAACUUCGUCCAUAACUAACUACGCAAAGGACAGCUGGACUGCAGACAAAGUUGUAGAUGGGAACCGGGACCAGUAUGUGUCCGGCAACUCCUGUUUUCACUCUACUUUUAAUCAAAGAGCUAUGUGGACAGUGGACCUGGGACAGCAGUACAGGAUACAUGACGUCAGGAUAUACAACCGGGUAGGACAUAUUGAGCGGAUCAGGACUGCUGUCCUCUCCCUGAGUAACUCCAGCAGCCCCACGCCCGGCGUCAACUGCUACACCUUCCCCUCUGACACAGCUAAAACAAACAACAGCGUGUACGACGUGCCGUGUGGUGGCACAGGGAGAUACUUCACCAUCACACACAGCACAGUGCUAAAUCUGUGUGAGGUGGAGAUUUAUGUUUGUAGCCCAGGAGUCUUCGGCGAUAGCUGCACUCAGUUCUGCCAUUGCCUCCAAGCAACGUGUGACCCAGUCAGUGGUGUGUGUCCAGGAUACUGUAGACCAGGGUGGCAGGGAGAGAGAUGUGAUACAGCAUGCUCAAGUGGAAGCUAUGGACAGAGCUGCAGCAACUCGUGUACCGACAGGAAGUGUGCGGGAGACUCGCCAUGUGAUCACGUACGAGGGACAUGUGUUUCCGGGUGUGAGCCAGGGUGGAUGGGUGAAGACUGCAGAGAAGCAUGCUCAAGUGGAAGCUAUGGACAGAGCUGCAGCAACUCGUGUACCGACAGGAAGUGUGCGGGAGACUCGCCAUGUGAUCACGUACGAGGGACAUGUGUUUCCGGGUGUGAGCCAGGGUGGAUGGGUGAAGACUGCAGAGAAGCAUGCACAAAUGGAAGCUAUGGACAGAACUGCAGCCACUCUUGUAUUGACAGGAAGUGUGCAGGAGACUCGCCAUGUGAUCACAUAAGAGGAACAUGUGUUUCCGGGUGUAAGCCAGGAUCGAUGGAUGAAGACUGCAGAGAAGCAUGUGAUAUAAAUCAUUACGGAGCUAACUGUGACAAGACAUGUGCCUCCAGACACUGUGUGGGGAACUCUUCCUGUAGCGCAACAGGGAACUGUGACAGGGGAUGUGAUACAGGAUGGGCACAAGCGGACUGUACAGAAGAUGCGAGGUGUGUACAACCCGCCGGGUACAACGCGAACCAGUUGGCUGUCGCAGUGGUUCUUGUAUUCGUGGCUGGUGAUGUAGUAGGUGCCAUUGUCAGUGCCGUUAUCUGGAGGAGAAGGAACAGAUGCCUACACAAGACAUCUGAAUCGCGCCCAACCACUGUAUCACUCGUUCCAACUGAACCACCGCAGGCCAGUGAUGACGUUGGCCCAGAAACUAGGCCAUACGACAGUCUCAAUGCCGUCUCAUAUGACGCCAAGAUGAAAGGAGAGCCUUACUGCACCGUUAAAUCUGGCCAAACAAAUGCAAAAACUGAUGCCACUGUUCUGACGUCAUGUGACGUGUCCGACUCUAUCGCAGCAGGGACCUAUGAAACCCUUGACAACACGUCACGGGGAACGGAUGGUGAAUACAGUGAGAUCGGGAAGGUUAAGUGACUCUCUAUUGACAAACUUACUGUUUAAAUAAAAUGAUAUAUAAGUACUUGAAGGUAUAUUCGCAAAAGGUGCCCUUUAGCUCUAAGAUUUAUUUCUAUGUUUGUGGGUUUAAAAUUGUAAUAAACAAAUUAAUUAUUUACGUAUUUCUGUAGUCUGAUGUCUAUAUUGACGCACAGACACUACACAGACACAGUUACAAUGUGAAUUGUUUAAGUUCAAUGAGAGCUAUGUUGUAACCCAAUGUCCCCUGAUGUGAACUGAUAAUAUUAAUACUUAAGACCUAACGUAAAUGUAUUUAUAUUUUGCUAAAUAUAAGUUAUAGGUGGCGUUUAUCUUAUAAUUAAAGUUUUGGCUGUGCAUACAUGAAGACCUUGUCAUUAUGGCGUCACCACCUUUGUUUGCGGACGGUCAACUGAAAUACAUGGACAGGACAAAGUUAUAUGAUCUGUUAACUUGUAAAUAUUUGUAAUAGACGAUUCACUUGAUGCAUUGCGAUUAUGUAUUAUUAUAUUGAUGAUAUAUGAAAAUAAUCUUCAAAAAGUAACAACAUUUACAUGUUUUCAUCAGGCAUAUAAAAUUCACAUGCUAUGCUGACAGGAAAAUAGUCUACGUCGUACUGACACAAAUCGUAUUUUAUCAAAAAUACCACCUUUCACAUGUUGUAAACCUAUAGCUAGGUAAACCCAGAGUAGAAGUAUGUGUAAUGGGUUAUUGCAUCCGUAGCCUCAGGCCACGCUUUUUAUCUCUAUGCCCCAUGAGCCUUUAGUGUCAUUAAUAUUGUUUGACUAUGAUAGUCACAUGUUUGUUAUUGUUUUAAUGUCACGCUUUGUUUUCUGUAUAUGAGUAUAUGUUUAUGUGCAUAAACAAUGUCAAUAAGAAAACGUGUGACGACUGUACUCAGUCUGGAAUUAUUUACUCAAAUUCUAAAAUAUAUCACUCACAAGUUGGAUUACUUAACAUAGAUAACUUAAACACUUAUUUGAUUUUUUGCUUUUUGAUUAGUUUACAUCUUUGCAAUUAUUUUGUAAUUAUAUACGAUCACUGGCGCUUCAUCAAUAAACGGAAUCCAAACUCAC